CGAGCAGCGCGGUCGCCGCCCGCGCCGCCCGCCCCGCAGCCAGCGCAUGGCCGGCCAGCCAGCUGGCGGCGCGCCCGCAGAUGGCCGACGUGCCGCCCGAGCUGGAGGAGGAGGCGGAGGUCGUGCGGGCCAUCUACGGCGAGGACGCGGUGCGGGCCUCCGCGGGCGGCGCCGGGCUCCUGAGCCUGGAGGUGGACCUGCAGCCUCGGGUCGAGCAGGGCGCCGCCCUCGUCUCCGUCUGCCUGCGCGUGGACCUGCCCGAAGGCUACCCCUCGGCGGCGAGACCGCGCGUGGCUUUGGAGCGCUCGCGCGGCCUCAGCGACGCGGGAGCCGCGUCGCUGCUGCGCGCGGCGGAGCGGGCCGCGGAGGAGCACGGUUGCCAGGAGUUCGGGUGCGUCAGUCAGCUCCUGGCCGAGGUGAGUGAGGCGCUGGACUUGGCGAACGACGCGUGCGAGGAGACCCGAGUUGCAGUGCAGCAUCUGCCUCACGCCCUGCGACCCCUCGGACCCGGUCGUCCACGCCCCGUGCGGCCACAACUUCAAGGCCUCAUGCCUGGCGCGCUGGGCGGCGCUGAAGGACGCGGAGGCCGAGGCCCAGGCGGGCGAGGCGACCAGCAGCGCGCGGGCGGAGCUGGAGGCGCUGCGCCGCGAGGCGGAGGAGUCUGCCGAGCGGGAGCGGAGCGCCGCCUCCGCGGUGGAGCGCCAGCGGGAGCGCGCCGCCGCCCGCCAGCGGCGCGUGGAGGCGCAGACGCUUCUUGCCGCCGCUCGCCGCCGCUCGCCGCCGCUCGCCGCC